AGCCACCAGCUUUGGAUAACCACAAUCGAAAAUGAGGGCCUGCGCGCUAUGCACGAACACCAGGAAGAACUGCACCUGAAAAUUGACAGCAGAAUUAGCAACACAGAAUCGGACAUUGAAAUCCAUUCUUGUUGACUUCCCAAUGAACGCCAGCGCGCCACCAAUCGACAGGAUGUCUAAUAUCUACAACAACUCCGUUGUACGAUUCUGGCACAACAUAUUCCACGAUUUAUCCGAUCCUCGGACCAGAGACUGGUUUCUCAUAUCAUCGCCCGUACCCGGUGCCAGUAUCAUAAUCGGGUAUCUGUACUUCGUAUUGUCAUGGGGCCCGAAACACAUGGAACAUCGAAAGCCGUACCAAUUGAGGAACGUCCUAGUCCUUUACAACUUCCUGCAGGUCCUUCUCAGCACAUGGCUGUUCUGGGAAGGCAUGGACGGCGCAUGGCUCAACGACUACAGCUGGAAGUGUGAGCCAGUGGACUUCUCAUAUUCACCGCAUGCUUUGAGAGUCGCGAGAGGCGUUUACAUAUAUUUUCUGGCGAAGAUCUCGGAACUUCUGGACACCGUGUUCUUUGUAUUGCGUAAGAAGGAAAAGCAGAUUACGUUUCUUCACAUGUAUCACCACACCGUGAUGCCGAUGGUAUCGUGGGGCGCUACGAAGUACUAUCCUGGUGGUCAUGGUACCUUUAUAGGUGUCAUCAACAGUUUCGUGCACAUCAUCAUGUAUACCUAUUAUCUCCUAGCAGCGCUACUACCUCAUCAUCAGUAUCAACGAUACCUCUGGUGGAAGAAAUACAUUACUACUCUGCAAAUGGCUCAAUUCUGUCUGGCCUUCCUGCAUAGCUGCCAAUUAUUGUUCUACGAUUGCGACUACCCGAGAUGGUCACUUAUACUGAUCCUGCCGAACGCGAUAUUCUUCUACUUCCUGUUCUCGGAUUUCUAUAAUAAUGCAUAUACUUCCAAGAAGGAGAACGAUGGCGAAACGGUUAUCCAAAACUCGGGCAAAGUGAACGACGCCGCGGAGAAAGUGAGCAACGGCGAGAUACCGAACGGAAAAGGGAAAAGCGACUAGUCGGGAACGACCCAGGAAGAAACGCGAUCGCAAUGAAACGCGACACGGCCACUACCAUUUCAUCUCCACUUAAACCGCAUUGCAGUCUAUAUCGCGUUAAACUCACCGACCUUACCAGCAUUGCGGAAUAUACGACCCUGGGAUCUCAAGAGGAAGACAACGCAGACCGGAACGGAGAGACGGUUUGACAUUCGCGCAGAUCACGAACGCAUCGGAUUAUUCAGUGGGUCGAAAUCGUUUAUAGGAACAAAAGCGAUACACCAGUUGCCUAUCUCAUAACUAUGUACAAUACGUUUACGUUACAUCGAACUUUAAUAUUUAAUGAUUUUUACAAUCGCGGUCAACAAUUCAAAAUUGUAAAAACUUAUUAAAACAUUUCUAUUCAUUCUUCAUUCAUAAAACUUUUUCGUUAAUAGUAAAACGAGUAUAUCUACUGAUUUGCAUAAAAAAAUGUUUCUUUUGAUCUUGGUUUUUGUAAAUUAUCUACAUAACUUCACUUGUGGGUUCACUUCUUCUUGCGAAUUUUUAAAUAUCAUGCAUGUACUUUUAAUAGAAAUAUCAUGAAAUUUUUUCGCUACAUGAACUAUCCUCCAAUGUACAUCGGAAUGUACAAAAUACAUGUUUAUUGAACAAGACAGCAGUAUUAGACUGUUUACACAGCAACAGUGAGAAAUCCAACGCCCGGUAAAACUCGAAAGAUUAGGUGAUACGUCACGUUUACAGAGAUCAUAUGUUGAGCAGUUGUAUAAGUAUGCAUAAAGUGAUUAUCAUAAUUGAUCUUCACUUCUAAGGGUUUGUCAUGAUUGGUAUCAUAAGUUUGUGUACAUUUGUCAUUAAUUAGAAACCAGUGAGCAUUCGAUUCCGCAAAAUUAAUUGUAACGAUAUAAUUAUGAAUUUAAUUGCGGUUUAUCGCGCGGAGAGUAGUAGCUGAAACGAGUGGAUUAUGAUAAUGGCAAACUAAUAUCUUAAAUAAAUUUUGUCAUUAUAAACAAUAUUUGUGCGACCCUAAUUACUCAGUUAGACUCGAUCUUGGUACUAAAAACAAUAUUAAUAUUACGAAGGAUUGCGCGUGUUCUAAAUAUACGAUUUUACAAUGAUUAUCUAUAAUAUGUAAAUUGUACCACAAUUAUUGAUGGAUGAUAUCCAAAAACUUAAAAAGAUACAUAUGCAGUGGAGAGUGCAUUUCGAAAAUUUACAUAAAAAUGUAAAACUUUCUUCAUUCUGUGUUCUCUUUGCAAUUUUCACAGGCGCUAUGUUUUAUCUCUAUACCAUUUGCUGAAAAUUGCGUAUGUGAACAUUGUUCAAAAUAUACCAUUAAUAGUUGAUAAUAUCGGUAUAUAGAGAUUCAAGAUGAAAACCAUUUAUUGAAGUAUAUUAAUAUCAGACAUGCUACUUUUAAGAAUAAUUCAACGAUAAAUUCUUCUAUUGUUAUAUGCGUAAUGUACGAUAAACGCAAUGGAGCUAAUAUAGGGGUAAUUAUUAAGUGUACAUUUUGCUUUUUCUUAUGUUAUAAUUAUUCUCUAGAAAAAGGUUAUAUUUAGAUAUUAUCACCGUUAUCUUGAUAAUUGAGUUGUUAUAUCAUCAGCAUGAUUAUUAUACCUUAUAUAAUUAUUAUAUCUCUUAAUCUUAUUAUUAUACCAAGAAAAUGCGUUUGCUUCCGAAAGAAGUUAGCAUUUUUAAUAAAACACAAUUUUUAGAAUUUAAAAAUACUCGCGAAAUUAUAUUGCCAAAUUUAUUAUUUUAAAAAUAGAACAUUUGAGAAAUUUUGGAGUAAAGUUCCCCAUUGAGAAAAA